AUGUACCUUUCAACAGUAACUCGUCCAGACAUCACUUUUGCAGUCAAUAAAGCUGCUCGAGCUAUGGAGAAACCAACCACUGAAGACUGGAAUAGAGUAAAGCGCAUUUUCCGGUAUUUGAAAGGGACCUUAAAUUUUGGAAUUGUAUAUAAUAAAAAAGAAGAGUUAAAGAUUUACGCUGAUGCAGAUUUCGCAGGUGAUAACCGGACAAGGCGCUCAACAACUGGAAUUCUUGCAAAGUACUCAGGUGGUGCAGUGUCAUGGACAAGUCAGUUGCAGAAAGUAGUGGCCACAUCCACAACCGAGGCGGAAAUAAUUGCAGCUAGUGAAGGAGCAAAAGAGUUAGUUUGGUUACGUCGUCUGCUAUCAGAAUUAGUGGAAAUGUCGGGGCAGCCUCCAGUUCUUUACAUUGACAAUGCUAGUGCAUUGAAGUUGGCAAAAAAUCCAGAAUAUCAUUGA